AUGUACCCAGUACUGCUGUCAUUUUAUGGGAAUGACAACUGCACUGUACAACUGAAUGAGCUUUUGAAAUUUGCAGGUGCGUUUGGUGCAGAAACAAAUGAAAUACAGUCAGUGUCAGUGAUGGAGGGAGAUUCUGUCACUUUAAAAACUAAUGUUACUGAAUUACAUGAAGACGAUGAAAUAGCAUGGAAAUAUGGAGCUGAAAAGUCUCUUAUAGGUGAAAUCAGCGAUGAGAAACAAAUCUUCUCAACAUUUGAUGUUCCUGAUGGGAGAUUCAGAGACAGACUGAAGCUGGAUGAUAAGACUGGAUCUCUGACAAUCACAAACAUCACAUCUGAACAUGCUGGACUCUAUGAACAACAGAUAAGGGGAGCGAAACUGUCAUCAAAAAUAUUCAGUGUUGCUGUUUAUGCUCAUCUGCCUGUACCUGUCAUAAGAAGAGACUGUUCUUCGUCCUCCUCCUCCUCAUCGUCAUCAUAUUGUUCAUUUGUGUGUUCAGUGGUGAAUGUGAGUCAUGUGACUCUCUCCUGGUACAAAGGAAACAGUUUAUUGUCCAGCAUCAGUGUGUCUGAUCUCAGCAUCAGUCUCUCUCUACCUCUGGAGGUGGAAUAUCAGGAUAAAAACAGCUACAGCUGUGUGCUCAACAAUCCCAUCAGCAACCAGACUCAACAUCUGGACAUCAGUCAACUCUGUUACUCGUGUACAG